ACUUCUGUAUUGUUCUGUAAUGGAAUACAUUUUAUUAGGGCGUCUCGCCUGGUCGAUUUUACCUGUGUACGCUGAGUAACUUCCCUUGACUACACACAUUUUUUUAUUUUCUGUUUCACGGAUACUGUAACACUCUGAAACUGACACAGUUUUAGAGUAUUGACGGUAUGUGUUACUAACUGAUAUUAUUUCUGAUAUUCUGUUAUAAAAAAUUCUCCUGAUCAAGGGGUGUCUAAGGCUUAAGACAAUGCUAUCAAGGCCGAGAACCAAGACAUUUCUUUUCCUCACUGUAGCAGGAGUACUGUCCCUGGUAUUCAUCUUCUUCUACUAUCCAGUUCGAUAUUAUUCAAACAGCGCACUUAUUAACACCAAUACGGUUGACUUCAAAGUAAAUAAAGUAGUGACGGACCCGCCCAUCAAAUACCAAGCCAACUCAUCAGGUGAAACAGAGUUCAUCCCAGACCCGAACAUCGCCUGCACCCAGACGAUGUACAUAAAGUGUGGCGACCCCGAAGAAGGGCUUCAGCCGAUGAAGAACGAGACGUUUAACGUUGGUCUGCUCAGGAGGCCGUCCUGGAUGGACGAUGCGGGCUUCUUCAGCUUCCAUAAGUGUCCGUACUCCAGGUGCCACUUCCAGGGCAAUAAAAUCGAUGAGUCCACUCACUUGGUCAUCUUGGAGAUAGACGGUCUUAAAGACGAAUUCAAGGCGAUCCAAAGGUGGCCCCAUCAGCUCUACGCUGCUGCCACAUGGGAGUCCCCAGCCUUUAUGUUCGCGCAGCUUAUAUGGGAUCGAAACUCUUUCUGGAACUCUAAGUUCAACCUGACUGCCACAUAUCGCACAGACGCAGAUGUCUUUGUGCCCUAUGGUUUGAUCAGAUUUAAACCCAUACCUGUAGAACAACGGCCCAAUUAUUAUCGGAUAGCUCUACAGAAGACUAAGUGGGUGGCCUGGUUUGUAUCUAACUGUAAAACUCCAUCAAAACGAGACAUUUACAUUCAGCAAAUGCAGAAAAUCCUCGAUGUUGACAUUGCUGGACGCUGCGUGGAACCUUGCACAGACAAGUCCACCUGCGUCGAAAACAAUCUUGAAAAAUACCGAUUUUAUUUGUCAUUUGAAAACGACUUUUGUCAAGACUAUGUCACUGAAAAAAUUUUCAAAAUGAUGUUUCCUUCACUACAUGUCAUCCCCGUAGUCAGAGGAGGUUUUGACUACAAGAAAUACAUGCCAGAUAUGACCUAUGUCAACGCGGCUGAUUUCCGAAACGCUACAGAGUUGGCGUUGUUUUUAAGAAGAAUGGGCGAUGAUCCAUUGAUGUACGCUAGAUAUCUUGAACGGAAAAGUAUGUAUGAGUACAUCGAUGGGUCAAGGCUGGAGAGUCUAGGCUGCCAGGUCUGUAAGUUUUUACACACGAAGAAGCUGGAAGGUAGAAUAGACGACUUGAAAAAGUGGAUAGUAGAUGAUAAGUGUCACCCUCCAACAGAUAUCUGACGUGUCAUCGUCUAAAAGUUGUUUGCUGUCACACUCCUACAUAUGCUUGAGAAGUGUCACGCUUGUACAUAUGUAUGAUAAGUCUCUUGAUAAAUCAGAGUUUUGACAGACGCUGGAUAAGUGUCACAUUCAUAAGGGCGCGUGAUAACUGUCACACCCCAAUGAUAAGUGAUAGAUCUGUCGUUCAAACAAACGGAAGAUAAGUUUCACACUUCAAAGCUUGAUAAGGUUUACGUUCAGACAGACAGAUCUGAUAAGUGACACUCUCCAGUAGCCGUUUGAUACAUGUCACUUUACAAUGUUUGAUAAGUAUUAAUAUCCAAAAGCCCUUUUUUUUUUGGUAGGUAUCAGUGUCAUUUACAACAGACUAGUGUAACUAAACUGUUAUCAUCUAGAUGAUCUAGCCCAAGUCUGUAAAAACAAGAAACUUUGAAGUAAAUGGAUCAUCAUUAUCCUUGUUACCUGAAGGCGGAUACCGAACGAAGGAAUAUAUCGAUUUUGUCUAUACAUAGCAGAUGGUAGUGCAAUAUCACUUUGUAAGCAGGCGUAACCAUAAAGUGGCUCUAUUCAGAAGUAAAUGUGAUGUAAAAUUAUUUUAAUGUUACAAUCAGUAUUGUUAAUGUUCAGACUCACUCAAAUGUUUUUGGACUCGUUUCAAAAUCUCCUGUUUUUCUUGCAUCGUAUUAGAUUGUCGAACGUUUUUGGCGAUGUUGUGUUCAAGGUUCUUUCACCGCUGCAUUGAAAAUGUAUUUAUUAACUCUCUCUCUCCUAACUGACGAUACCAGCGUUGAUUCCACCAGAAUGUGGUAAAUAAUUAAGGAGAGAAAGAGUUAAGGUUACUUUAAAAAUGUGGUUUUGGUUCCUUAUAAUAUACCGCUUUACAGCUUAGCAUUGCGUGGAUGCGUGGUGGAUGAGUUGGCUUAGCUUCCGAACCGAGGGGGUUUCGGGUUCGAAUCUUGGUGAAGACUGGAAUCUUAAGUUUAUGUAUUUUUACGACGAAUCUUAGUCCGACCAGCUCUAAUGGAUACUUAACAUGAGCUGGGGAAAAAAAGGCGGUUGGUCGUUGUGCUGGCUACAUGACCUUCUCGUUAACCCACGGCAUGACUAAAUGCAUGGCGCGUAGGACGUAAUCAUCUUUUUUGAAGUAACGUCUGUAUUAUAUAAGAUAAGAUAAGAAGAUAAAUAAACUAAGACUAAGACUGCUCUAUUGAUCCUUAUGGAAAUUUGUUGUGAUUACAAGGACUCUUUUCUCAAAUAAAGACAACACAACAGAAAUAUACACAUAACUGGAACAGACACAACAUAAAGAGUUCAUUCAGCGACUACACUCAGGCAUCUUGGUGCUUUUCAUGUUCCCUGAUCAACGAGUGGGGGUGAUAGAGUCUGAUAGAGUUUUUGUACCUCUCCGUUCUUGUUUUGAUUGACAGCAGUCGCCCACUUCGCGACGACCUGACGUAGUUCUGAUGGAGCGGGUGGCUGUUGUCUUCCAAGAUUUUUUCGAUUUUCCGUAGACACUUUUGUUCAAAAAGUUCCUUUAAAUAUGGCAAUAUUGUGAGUGUAAUUUUUGAUGCCCUUUUUAUGAUGGUUUCUCGACGGCACAUAAAUUAGAUGAAGCGCUGCCUUGCCAAUAAGUUAUUCCGUAUGUAACAUGUUAGCAGAUUUUGUAUAGUCGCGCCGUAAAAAGUAUUUAAGAUCUUUUUAUUUAGUUUAAAGCUAUUGAGUUGUUGUUUUUUUUAAAAGGAAACCUCAGAAUUUGCGCUAUUCAGUUUUAGCUUUAUCAUCAUAGGAAUCCUUGGGCCUUAGGCCUCUUUUCUUUGCCUCUUUUUUGGGCUUUAUGUGCCUCGUUUAUGGGCCAUCUUACCGGGCUUUUUUUUGUUUCUUUUUUUUUAAUAUGUUUUUAUUUGUAAGUUAUCAUAAUUCACAAGUAUUAAAUCAUAAACAAUUGAAAAGUGAUUAACCUAAAAAUAUAAUAAUAGUAAUAGAAAUAUUAUUUAAUAUCAAAGACAUACUACCUAACCAAUGAACCCCCUAAAGACAGAAAAAUGAUACAAGUAUACUCUACUCCAGAACAAUCAACACAAUAUCAGAUAUCCCUGACCCCCAACACCCCAUUUCUGGAAAACUACCUGAGCAUUGUACAAGUAUAUGAAAAUCAAACUAGAUUAUUCUCUACCCUAAAAUCCAUUAUUUUUCUAAAUGUCAAUUCUAAGUGAUUAGGGUCAAGCACCUUAUUAUUAUGUAGAGCUUUGAGCCAACUAGCCCAAACAAGAUUCCUGUAUUCGGAAACAAUAAUCAAGUUAAAGCUUGUUUAAAAUAAUAGACAAGUUAACAUUUACAUAAUUGCCACAGUUUGCUUCCAAUAAGUCCCUUACAGUACUUCUAACUUGAAGGAAUAAUGGACAUUCCAAAUACAUAUGUUUCUCAUUAUCAGCAUUUUCAAGAUGGCAUAAUAUACAUUCACGGUCAUUAGACCGUCUUCUAACCAUAGGGGUCAUCCCAAAGAUAAGUCUAUAACUUGUCUCUCUAGCUUUUGGUGGGAUAUGUUUGCUCUGUAGAAUUAUGAAUGUGUCCUUGAAUUCUGUCACCCCAAGAACUCUCCCCCACUUAAUCCUAUUCACUAGGCUUUCAUGUAACAGCUUUUUAAGUGUUGCGUAUGAUUCUUUGGUUUUGUUGUGUAUUAAAUGUUCAUUACUAGGUAAAAUUCUUGAAAUAGAUCUGUAAAAUGGAUGAGUGACUGUACCUAAAUAGUGAGGAGUAUCAUUGUGUAUUGGAAGAGGACUACUUAAACCAUAAUAGUAAAUUGUCAAGGGAAAUUUGAA